AUGCCCGUCAUUUCAAGAGUUGUAUCCAUGGUGUUGCGCGUCGCGGAGAUCGCGUUUGCAGGAGUCGUCAUAGGUGUCACUUCAAAGUACUUGCACGACUACCGUAGCGGCACCGGCCAGCCUCUCGGUCGCUUCAUCUACGUCGAGAUAGUCGCCGCGCUUUCCAUCCUCUUCGGCCUUUUGUGGCUGUUGCCUUUCGCGGCUGGCUUCUUCCACUGGCCGGUCGACCUUUUCCUCUCGUUUGCUUGGUUCGCCGCUUUCGGCGUCCUGGUGAACUACGUCGACGGUCGGACGAACUGCGGCGGUGACACGUUCGACUGGAGCGGCAUUCGACACGGAGGAUAUUGCGGACGGUGGAAAGCCGACGAGGCGUUUAGCUUCUUGUCGGCCAUCGUCUGGAUCUGCAGCGCCAUCGUCGGAUUGUGGUUCAUCCACCGCGAGAGACGCAAGGAGGUCCGACACACCGAUGGAGCUUAUACUCGACGACCAUGGUUCCGUCGCAGUCGCGUCUAAUUCAGAAAUGACCUGUCACCUGCGGAAGCGGAAGGGGAUCAAGGUCAGCAAGGUUGUUUGUCAAAAGAUUUUCAGUCCUUGACACAAGCUGGGAGAUGGAUUGAUGGACCACACAAGGCGGAGAAAUUGAUCUUGCCAGGGAAAUAAAUGGUAAUGGAGGAGGUCUCAG